AUGGAUACUCUGUCACCCAACAAUGGCUCCAAGUCGAGUUCCAGCGGCAGUUCGGCGGCCAGCUCCUCCAUGGAUCUCGGCAAGCAGCAGCAGAAGGAGCAGAAGCUGCAUCGCCACCCCAGGAAUGGGCCCAAGAAGCUGUCCCGCUCCAGAAGUCUGCUGCAGCUGCUCAGCAGGCAUCUGGGCAGGCACUUCCACCACCAGAACCACCAGAACGAGACGGUCUACAGCAGCCAGGACGACAUCAGGAGCAGCUCCACGGACUCGUUCAGCCUGAGCUACGAGCGGGGCAGCCACGAGUGUCCCAUCAAUGGUUCUUCCCUGGAUUUGGAACACACCUCGCGCACUUCGAGUGCCUCGGCCUGCUCCAGAUAUUCACCAGGACUGGAUUACUACGACCAGCAGGGACACAUCUAUGUGGAGGCCGUCUACAGGCCAGGCAGCGCCAUGGAGCAACUGCAUCCGCAGCUGCACUUCGAGGAGGACACCAGCGAGGAGGGCAGCGGCAAUGAGGCGGAGGACGAGGUGGAGCUGCGGCACGACGAGAACGAGAACAGCAAACCGCGAUCCGCCUCAGCCGCCUCUGCCAAGUCGCCGGGACUGCAUCUCAGCAGGAUCUCCAUCUCCUCAUCGGUGAGCCGCAUGCUGCAGCACUUCUCCACUUCCACGGGAAACGCCUCGAUGCGAUCGCUGUCCUGCAGCAGCACUCCCCUGCGGCAGCCCAAGAAGUCCCUGUCGCCGAACAACUCGAACAGCAGCAGCAGUAGCAGCUCCAGCCACAAGUCCUCCGGCGCCCCCGCCUCCAAGAAGGAGAAGAAGCAGCAGAGCAUCCUUCGGCCGCCGGUCCAGUAUGUCUCCAUGAAGGGCAUGUCGGGCCUGUAUUCCCGGGUGCCCAGCUACGCUGUCUGCUAUCCCUACACCCUGCAGCAUAUGUACUAA